UGUUUAUUUUGAAACAAACGCACACACACGCACACAUUACAUAAAACCUCAACUGAAAUGAUUCUUGGCACGAAUAUUUCCUGUUUGGAGUGUUUGUUUGCUGAUGUCAGGGCACUAUCUCAGCUUAGGUGUGUGAGGGAGGUCAUGUAUGGAACAGGUUUUCCAGUAAGAGACAACCAUGAAGAGGCAAAAGAUAGACCUGAUCUGGAUCCAUUAAAAGGUCCAGCCAUAGAGCUUCUGCCGUAUACGGUGGCCGUCUCCAUUGUCAAUCUGCUAAGAGACAGCCAUGCAAUGUUGAGCAUUAAAACAAAACGUGACAGCAUAUAGAACAGGUCACGUCUUCUCAGUGCUGCAAAGGAAUGUGUGAGAUCAUUUCUUCUGGCAUUCAUCCAGCGAAAACAAGGAUGUGCCAACCAUACUGCAGCUAACAUUUCAUGUUCGUUUACAAGUCAUCACAUUUAGAAAAGUGAGUCAAUGGAUAUCGUCCGUCAGGGGAAUGCUGUUAAGGCUUUUUUCUCAUCAAAACAGAACCAUGUCAGCUCAGGAGGUGUGUUGGCCUGUGCCAAUGCGAGCCAUCGGAGCCCAGAACCUCCUCACUAUGCCUGGUGGAGUUUCUAUAGCAGGAUACCUCCACAAGAAGGGAGCCAAUCAGUUUGCUAGUCUCAUGAGAUGGCCAUUGAGGUACAUCAUCGUCCACAAGGGCUGUGUGUACUACUUUAAAAGUAGUACGUCUCCUGCACCACACGGAGCGUUCUCUCUAAACGGUUACAAUAGAGUGAUGAGAGCAGCAGAGGAAACGACAUCUAACAAUGUUUUUCCGUUUAAGAUGAUCCACAUCAGUAAAAAACACAGGACGUGGUUUUUCUCUGCAGCUAGUGAAGAUGAGAGGAGGACAUGGAUGCGAUCCUUACGACAUGAAAUUGACCAUUAUAAUGACAGGAAAGAGUCCCAGAUUCCCAGUGACUCGGAUUCAGAUGCAGACAGUUUCUACGGGACCAUUGAAAGGCCUUUGGAUAUUAAACACCCAAUCAAUAAUGCAGACACUGAUUAUGGUGAGGAUGAUGAUGAUGAAGAUGAGCAAGACUAUCUGAAGCCAGACAGUGACUGUGUUCCAACAAGUACAAGUCGACCCACUGGCCCUCCACCUUCUUACCCGCCUCCUCCUGUUCCAAUGAUACCUCCGCGACCUUUUGGAUCUUGUUUACAAACCCAUAAAGGGCCACCACCUCCAAUCCCAUCACACAACCGAGUCAAAACCAGUGCAAACAUUAGAAAAAACCCGCCCUCGAUUUCUCCUCCCAUCCUGAAGGACACAAACAAAGGUCCGCCUCCCGCUCCACCCUUCGCCGCCCAGAUGCACAAUCACGCCUCUCCUAUCCCCCCACCCCUUCCUCCACCCAAUUCACAGCGGCCUCUUAAAAACAGGAUGCAGUCUGUGGUUGGACCAGGGACUGACAGAAAACACCAGAGGCCUUCAUCCUCUGUUUCACUCCAAUCCCCCACCACCAUUCCCAUCUGUGAUCAGCUAGAAAGCAGGAUGACUGUCAGUGAUGGAGAUCACUGCCCUCGUGAUGCCGGAAAAAAACAGUCUGCUAUCAAAAACCACCGCAGCAAGCCAAGCCAAGCACUGACCAAAGCAGCAAAUUUUGAAGAGCCAAUGCCAAAACCUCGAACGGCAUUUCCCUCGGUGCCGACACCUUUCUGCUACCCACCAUUUCCCUGUCACGCAUCUCGAGCUACUCUUCUUCAAAGUGAACUGCACAAGUGUACAAAUGCACCAAAAGCUCCAACAGUCAAGCCUCCACUGCCUUUAACCAAGCCCAGACAAACAGGCACACCUCUCCAAAGAGCAUCCCCAGAAGGUCAAAGUUUCCGUUCAUCAAGAGAUAAGGACACUGAGAUGCCCAAGAAGGAACAAGAUUUGACUGAGAGCACUGAAGGAGAUGUUUCCGAUGAGGAUUAUGAUGACAUGCAUCUGCCACAAUCCGUUUUCAUUGACUCAACGGAUACCAGCUUUGUAGAGAAAUUAUUUAAAGAGAGCUCUGUCUUUCCGCAAGAUGGACUUUAUGCCAUUAGAAAAUCUGGAACCAAAACCUCCAAGGUGCUGGUGGUAUGGGAUGUCAGCAUAGGCAAAGCCAGAAAUUACCGGUUGUUUGAAGAGGGUGACCUGGUGUUUCUGGACUGUGAUGUGACCUUCCCGACUCUUUCAGCUCUGAUCGAACACUACUACAGCCAUCCUCUUCCUCAGCAGGGCUCGCUAUGCCUGCAGAAACCUUAUUCAAAAUAAGCACCACGUUAAUCAAGAGCAAGAACUCGCAAUGUUAAAAUGCUGACUACCAUGGAGACAGACUUGCUUUAAAUUCAAUCAGAGCUAAAUAUGUCAUUGUGUGAAUACUUGUUGAAUUGUGGAAAAUCUUGGCUCAAAAUAGCACUUUAAAAUGUGAUAUUGUAGGUAUUGUAAUAACUGACAAAUUGUCUCUUGUUGCUAUACAAAUAUUCUGUGGCCUCUCAAGGAGAAAAAACAAAACAAGAUGAAAAUGUGUCAUCACACAAAGGCAAGUCAACCUCAAAGAAUUACAAUCAUAUAUAGCAGGCAAAUGUAAAAUUGGGUCUUGUGUUUUCAAAUACAAUAUUUGACUGAACCUUCCUCUUGAGAAAUAAGAUUUCUCAGCCAAUACCAGAGUGUUUUUGCAGCAUUUUCUUUUAAAUUUAAGAACAGUCAAACCUCUACAUACAAAUUUUAUUCAUUCGGGGACCUACUUCAUAUGUUGAAUAGUCAUAUGUUGCACCAAAUAUUGCCAUAAUAAUACAUUGUAAUUUGUUUAAUUCAUUCCAAAACCAAAUAAACAACAAUAACUCCUUAACAAAUUCUGCAGAUACUUACACAUAGCAAUAAAACAAAUGCAUUAUAUCAGAGAGAUGUA